AGAACAUCGAAUCAUUAUUAUUUCGAUCAAUUAAUAAUAAACUGUUAACUUAACCAGAUAAUAUUAUUCGUUAAUUGCCUGAUUGUUCAUUAGUACGAAAUAGUUAACCCCUUGUCAUUUCACUAUGUCUGAUCAGAAUUUAUCUGAAGCCGAAAAAAAAUUUCUAGCCUUCGAUUGGUCCAAAUCUCAGGAUUGGCAGACCUAUUUCUCAAAUUUAUAUCCCACCCCUGAUGCUUCUAAAGUCCCGAAAUUCAAACGCACGUGGUUCAGAAGGAAUGUCGACUCUUCAUUGAGUGUUGAUUCUACUGUCGGUAAUGUUGCUAAUGAUGAUAGCAAAUCCAAAACUGAUUCAUCUAAACCACAAGCAUCACCUGCCAAAGAUGCUAAAUGGCCCAAAGUGGGAUUAUUUGACCGACUUAAGAGUAGGCCAAACAUGCCUUUACUUCAAGAACUCCUUUUAAGGCUUGAACUUGUUCUUUUGCUUGGCUAUGUCUUUGCCACUGCUGUGGUACUGACAUCAAGGUUCAAAACACCAGGCUCUGAUAACCUCGUCAAAAACUGUGAAACUGUAUCGAAGUCAUUUUCAAUAUUAUAUUUGUUGGUUGGAAUACUGCGUGAAAAGGGAAGACCUCGCUUUAAUUCCGCUUGGUUUUCAGCGCUUUCCAACGAUACCAGAGUCCACUACUUAAUGUACGGCUUCUUCUUCUUGCAAUAUCCAAUCAAGUUUGCAUACACUCUACCCCAACUCACUACCGCAUUUCUGUCACUAUCUGCAAUGUACAAGGCUUUCCCAUCAGUAUUCCCAUCCCUCAUGAGGACAAAUAAAGUCAAAGAAUUCUUAAUGAAAGUGGAACACCAUAAAUAUUAUGUGUAUAAAUUCAGAUCUUAUGUCGAAUGCGCUUUGGUGCCCUAUUUAGCGCUUAACCUGUUCUCCGGAAGGACCAACAUGGUCCCUCUAUUCCUUUACUUCUCCUUCCUAAGGCUCAAAGUCCACGCGAACGAUGUUUAUCUACUCAAUAACUUUAAGACUUUACAUAUGACUUUAUCGAAUUAUUUGAAUCAUCCUGCAGUACCACAAAAAUUAAGGCUUUUAUAUCACAAAGUAGUGAAGGGAUUAGAACUCUAUUUCACGGGUCGUCGUAAUUGACAACUUUAUUCUUUUGUAAGUGUUCAAUUGCAAUUAACAGUUCAGUGUUCCUAUACACAUUUUAAUCUAAUUAUUCGCAUA